GGCGCGCGCCCCACCCCCUGAGCAGCAGCCCGCCUGCCAACUCUGGCUUCAUUGGAUUCAGCUGGCCACGCCUUGUCCGGCCUUUUUUGUGAAGCGAAGCGAGGCGCAAGCUGGCAUUUAAUUUUCUGGCCUCUCCCGCCGCCCUCAGCCAGCGUUCCAGUCCUCCGCUCCCUCGACAUUCUUUUACUCUCCCCUCUCGUUUCCACCACCUGCGUCGAGAACUGGCCCUCUCCGCAAGACCUCGGCUUUUCUGGUCGCAUUUGCUUGCCUCACCACCCUCGACAAACCAACAGCCAUGCUCGUCCGCCUCUCUACAGUGGCGCUCGCCGCCGGCGUGCUGACCUCAUCGUCGUGGCUGGGCGCCGUCGCCAUCUCGGCCGAGGACAUCGCCAGCGACACGCCCUUGUCGCAGCUGCUCACGUCGGCGCAGAGUCACCUCUCGCGCGGCGAGACCAGCGAUGCCCUCAUCUACUACGACGCCGCCAUCGCCCGCAACCCCUCCGACUACCUGACCUACUUCAAGCGCGCCACCACAUACCUCAGCCUGGGCCGCACCGCCCAGGCCACCGACGACUUUAACCGCGUGCUCGACCUCAAGCCCGGCUUCGAGGGCGCCCACGUCCAGCUCGGCCGCAUCCGCCAGCGCUCUGCCGACUGGGCCGGCGCCCGCGAGCAGUUCGAGCUGGCCCGCAAGACCAAGGGCCACCCGGAGAUGGACGACCUGCUCGAGGCUCAGGCCGCCGCGGGCCUGGCCGCCGACGCUGACAAGGCCGGCAAGUGGGACGAGUGCGUGCAGAACGCCGGCGUCGCCAUCAUGGUGGCCAACCGCGCCGCCGCCCUGCGCGAGAUGCGCGCGCGCUGCCGCUUCGAGAAGGGCGAGGUCGAGGAGGGCAUGAGCGACCUGCAGCACGUGCUCAACAUGCGCGCCGGCGAUGUCGGCCCCUACGUCAAGAUCUCGGCAAACGCCUUCUACGCCCUCGGCGACCUGACAAACGGCCUGGCCCAGAUCCGCAAGUGCCUGCACUCAGACCCCGAGUCCAAGCCCUGCAAGAAGCUGCUGAGGCGCGAGAAAACCAUCGAGAAGGCGCUGGCCAAGGUCGAGAAGGCCUUUUCCAAGAACCAGCCAAUGACGGGCACUAGGUUACUCGUGCCGUCCUCGGACGACGAGGGCCUGAUCAAGGAGGUCAAGGACGCCGUCAGUGAGCUGAGGGAGGACGGGACGAUCCCCAAGGCGGCGCCCAACGUGCUCGUGGCGAGGGUCGUUGAGCUCGCAUGCCAAGGCUACUACGAUAUGAGCAGCAAAAAGGCGCAAGCGUUCUGCGACGAAUCACUCCAGCUGAACCCGGAUUCCGUGUACGGACUGCUCCACAAGGCCAAGUUGCAGCAGGAGAAGGAGCUGUACGAGGAGGCCAUCAAGACGCUGGACCGGGCACGGGAGCUGGCACCGGAGCGCGGGGAGAUGAUCGAUAAGCUGCUGAACGAUGCCAAGAUCGCGCUCAAGCGCAGCCAGACCAAGGACUACUACAAGGUGCUCGGGGUGGCACACGACGCCGACGAGCGGCAGAUCAAGUCGGCGUACCGCAAGCUCAGCAAGCAGCACCACCCGGACAAGGCGGCCAAGCAGGGGCUCAGCAAGGAUGACGCCGAGAAGAAGAUGGCGACCAUCAACGAGGCGUACGAGGUACUCAGCAACCCGGAGCUGCGCGCGCGCUUCGACGCCGGCGACGACCCCAACUCGCAGCAGCAGCACGGAGGCGGCAACCCCUUUGGCGGCCACCCCUUCUUCCACCAGGGCGGCGGCGGCGGCCAGCAGUUCAAGUUCCAGUUCGGCUCGGGUGGCGGCGGUGGCUUUGGGGGCUUCCCCUUCUAGUAGACAAGAUCAUGGGCGGCGCUUGUUUUUGUUCAGCAUUUUUUUUACCCUUGUUGUUUCGGUGGUCCCUACGCUGUGAUGAUGAUGCUGGGUGGGGGAGUCGAGGUAACCGACUCGUGGCGGGCGGUGCGGGGUGGAUGGGGUCGAUAAGGCCUAUGCAUCCUUCAUUUACGGUGUUUUGAGGUGCCUGUAAAGCGGCUGAGAAUUACUUGGGGUUUACCUAUGCAUAUUCAUACCAACCCAACUAAUACACGAGGCGUGUACUUGAGGCUGCGCGGCGUCAUGAGAUGGGAUGAUAUGGAUGUUAUUGGAACACAUGCAUGAUGGAGAGAGAAAAAGACGGUCCCUACAGCGGGUCGAGUUCAAACGCCGUUUCGAUUGUGUCGCCUCCAAAAGGCAGAGAACCUUGGCCACACUCAACUCCGAGCCCCUAAACGAGACAAGAAAGAUGCAUGAAGAUGAAAUCGGCACGAAAAAAAAAGGAAGGAAAGCGAGAAGAAGAAAAAAACGGGUAUAUAUGUACAGUUAGCAGCAUUCCCUUCUCUACAUGGCGUUGGAAAUCCCUUUUUUUUUUUAUACGAACUCCCCCACGCACUCAGUCGGACGAGGACGUGUUGCGGCGGACAAAGUAGGCCUUUGAGGCCUCGUAUGCGGACCAGCAGAUGGCGGUGCUGGGCAUGGUGGUGACGACGCGGGGGCGCAUGCCCUUGAAGAAGCCGGCGACGCCCUCGCGGGCGUAGAGCAGGCGGCAGCCCGACGCGAAGCCGUUGACGCUGCGCAGCUCGGCGUCCGAGUGGGUGCCGCGCGUCUGCAGCAUCGUCUUGAUGACGUCCAUGGGCGUGGUGAGGGCGGCCGCGAAGCCGCCCGCGACGCCGCCGGCCAUGCAGUGCGUGAAGGGGUCGUACUUUUUGCUCGGGUUCAUCGAGGUCGAGAUGGACUCGUAGGCCAGGAACUGCAGCGCCGUGAAGGGCACCGUCAUGGAGAGUGUGGUCGGGUACGACACGUAAAAGGCCGCGAGCCCCUCGUUGCGGUAUAGGAACUUUGCGCAGUCCGUCAUGGACCGGUACAUCUCGCCCGACCCCUUGAUCUGCAUGCGCUGCUUGAUGACUAUUGGGGGGGGAGCCGGCAUUAGCGUGUGCUGCGACCCCUGACUGAGAUAUAUAGCGCCAGAGACUCACCAUCAAAGGGGUUCAUCAGGGCAUCGCUCGCUAUCGUUGCGCAGGCGCCGCUCGUCACUGUUUGCCCGUGUUAGCAUUACACGUCCGUCC